AAAGCCAGAGACAUCGUAGCGCAUUCCAGGACGCCUGUGUUCGCGAAUGCCUCUUGGGAACUAUAUUUGGAUGUCCCGGCUAUUAAAAGCUCCCGGCACUCCGUGACCUGCAGGCCGGGAGAUCAGACGCUCCCUGCUGCUGCCUGUUGCUGACCAGAAAACGGCAGCGAGGCUGGACUCAAACUUGACUCUGUUGGCUGUUUGUUUUCUUAUUUUGUUUCCUCUCAUUUUGCCUUAAGAAGAUGAGCAGUGAAUCUACAACUCUGAUAUCCUUGAAGAAAGCAGUGGAAAGAGUAGAUCACAGACUCCACGAUUUGGAAGCACAGUUCACAGAGCUGGACUUCCUCAAGGAUAAUCUGAUAGAGAAAUUCGAGCGUCACGGCAGGUCUCUGGCCACCCAGGCAGCCCAAGAUGAGCUGUGGACAGCAGCGCUUACACUCAGGUUCACGCCGAUGGAGCUGAACAUUGUACACAGCUACGUCGUUGAAGCACUCAUCUGCUUGCACACUCGUGUGCUCCAGAAGCUGCCAGACCUAGUGAGAGGCCUUCCCACCUUGGCCUCCGUCCUCAGACGAAAAGUCAAGAACGCACGCGUUCGAGCUGGGUGGGAGUCUGCCCUGGAGGAGAGUGGACUGGGAAGAGAAGACAGCACAGCCCUUUGCACCUUCUUCAUCGCCUACGGGGACAAGGCAGAGUACUGCACUGCUAAGGUGAGGCAGAUGCACAUUCGGGAUGUCACACUCUUGAUCACUAACAUGGUCAAGAACCAGGCCCUGCGGAAUGCCUUGCUAAAGGCAGUUCAGCUCACAGAGGAGGGCAGAGCAGAAAGAGCCCCACAGAGCAACAGUCGUCUGUGAAACCCUGAUGACAUCAGCCAGAAACCGACCUGUUACCUUGACCUGGUGGCCCCACUUACGCAGCUUCUUCCGCAAGUGGAGAAAACUGUUAUCAUUUCUCAGAGGUUUAUUUUUAUAGCCAAAGGGGAGGCAAUUAGAGAAAUGACGGUAGGGCCAGGCGGUGGUGCAACUGGUUAACACUUACAUGAUAGGGCACAAGGAUGUCGGUUCAAGCCCCUGGUCCCCACCUGCAGGGGGAGAGCUUCAAGAGUGAUGAGAAAGGGCUUCAGCUGGCUCUCUGUUCUUUAUUUCAGCUUCCCUCUCAGUUUCUGUCUCUAUCCAAUAAUAAAUAAAUAAAUAGUGGCCCAGGAGAUGGUGCAGUGGAUAACAUGUUGGACUCUCAACAUGAGGUUCUGAAUUCAACCCCUGGCAGCACAUUUACCAGAGUGGUGUGUGGCUCUUUCUCUAUUUCCUCCUAUCCCUUUCAUUAAUAAAUAAAAUGUCAAAAAUAAAUAA